AGGAAGAAGAUAAAAAAAAACAAGGAAAGAAAGCAAAUUCUGUAGCUUUUUUUUUUUGGCUUAAUCUCUAUCAUAACCCGCAAUUUGAUUCGCCAUUGUUGAAGUUUCAAGCUUUUGCUUCUUGUUCAAGUAGUUCGAUCUAUAGGUUUACUUAGACACCCUUCAAGUUUGUUGGCAUUAUCUCCUUCAUAGUGUCGUUUGCUUAGCCAAAGGCAAGAACUUGCUAUUUUCUGCAAUGGCGGUUUUCUCUGGUAGGAGAUGGAUCGCUUGCUUUGAGAUUACAUAUGAAUCGGAUCUGUACUGCUGAUUUUGUUUGUUAAAGCUCUUGUUCUUGAUUGGCAACUGAGGUUUCUUCAAUGGGCUGUUCUUUUGACAGAUUUGAGUGUUAAUCGAUUGUCUCGGUGGCGAUUCAUGAUGGCCGAGGAGGCUACUGGCCCCUUUCGGACACCGGAAGUUAUGAAAAAGCAAGUGGAUAGUAAUAAACUGAGAGGAAACUCUGGUGGGAAGGCAAGCUCAUCAAAUAGUGGACAGAAAGAGCUCCCUCACUAUCUCAGAGCCUCGACGGGUUCAUGCCAUGAUCUCUGCAAGUACGGGAGGAAACACAUACCCGAGGAAAAGCCGUGGAGGGCAAAGGCUAAAAAGACUGUCAAGAAACUUCCUGAUGGCAUGACCAAAGCUUCGAGCUCGGGGUCAUCUAAGACAAAGAAGAUGAUUGAAGUCGAGAAAACACAGGUUCUUGAUUGUUCAGAUGGUAUUUCUGAGAUUAUAAAGAGAGAGGUGUUGAAGUCAUCCGGCAGUGUCUCUGCCAUGGCGACAACUCCUCCUUCAGAGCAGAGCGAUUCUUCUCUACAGAGGAAGAAAAAGACAACUGGUUCCAAACUUAAACCUUCUCCUGUUUCAGGAUCCCUGACAUCUGGUAACGACAAUACUCAGAAGCAGAAAGUUAUGUCAAGAUCUCAUUCAGGAAGGGCAACUCUAUUAUCUAAGGGAACUAAACCCGACACAAUGGGGCUGAAACCCGUAAUGGGGAAGGCCAAAGGGGUAAAGGGCAGUGAUGUAAAGGUAGAGAAGAAGAUUGGAGCCAAAGUUGCUUCGAAGAAGACGGCCAUAUCCCCUAGAGCUUUAUCUUCCCCAAAGUCAUCAUCCAUCAGAAUAGCUACAAAUUCUAGCCUGAGGAAGAGUCAGUUCUUAAAAGUUGCAGCUUCCACCCGAAAUCAGAGACCGAGUGAUGUACAUGGUGAUAAUGAACCUAAGCAGCUAGAUAGUUAUUCAGUCGAGGAGAAAACACUGCACGUUGUAGAAAUGGAAGCAGAGAACUGGAAGAAUGCAGAACAAUGCGGUGUCAAACCAUCUCCUCCUCCUCCAUCAUCAUCUUCAUCUUCAUCAACUAAAAAGGAUGGGGAUCUUGGAGAUUACGAGGAGUAUACAGUAUCAGAAGCAGGAGAGUAUGAUUGUGCUUCUGGAAGCAGCGGACCCGAGAGGGCAGAAGAAGAGGACGAGACAUUGGGUGGAGAGAACAAACCAAGAGCAAGCAACAAUGGUGAUUCUGCAAGAACCGAAGCAGGGAAGUUACAUUUCAGAAGAGGAAGGGUUGUGGACGUUAAUUCUGAGAAUGACAGUCCGAGGAGGAUCAAGUUCAGACGAGGAAGAGCUCUCGGGGAAAAUCAAACUGGGAAUGGCCAUGGAAAGAGGAGGAGCUUUAAGAGGAAAGAUGAUAUUGCAGAAGACGAUGACAAUGGUGAUGACCAUGCCGGGGAAAACGUUGUGUUGAGGCAUCAAGAAGUGAAGGACAAGAAAGAAGAACAGGGAUUGUUCAACAAUGUCAUUGAAGAAACAGCAAGCAAACUGGUCGAAACCCGAAAAAGCAAAGUUAAGGCUUUGGUCGGAGCUUUUGAAACUGUCAUCUCCCUCCAAGAAUCCAAGCCUGUCACCAACUCCACAACCUGAACUCAGAGAAAAAAAAUUCAAGAACAAGAGAGGAACCUAGCUUUGAUCUUGACAAGCUUUGGCAAUAAACUUACUUUACAGAAAAAGAAGAACUGGGUUUGUCUUUGGUUUUGGUUUUGUGGUUGGUUUCUGUUCGGUUUGUACAGAAAAUACUGAUAUGAUUCUUAACGUAUCAUUGUCUUGUGGUUUC